UUGCUGCUUCAGCCGCUGUGCGCCCGGCGGCGGCUCGGCCACUCAGGGACAUGUACCGCAUCGCUUCCGAGAGCAGCCUUCCUCCGCCCCGCAGGGGCGGCGGGCGGCUCCCGCCCCUCUGAGGGCGAGGGAAGCGCCGCCCCCGCCGCCGCCGAGCGCACGGGGCCAUGUCGGCUCCGCGGGCUGCGGCGCGGGAGCGCGGCCCGGGCCCGGGGCCGGAGCCGGAGCCGGGCGGCAGCACGCAGACAUCGCACCGGCUGCUGGCCUACAGCGACGCGCUGCUGUCCAUCAUCGCCACUGUGAUGAUUUUGCCGGUGGCUCACACAAAAAUACAUCCUGACCAGAAAUUAGGUGAAAGUGUUCAGCAACUUCUUCUAGCAAAAAUUGCCGUUUACUUGAUGACCUUUUUAAUAGUCACAGUGGCAUGGGCAGCUCAUGUAAGGUUGUUUCAGGUGAUAGAACAUAUAGAUGAUGUCCUGGCUCUUCUAAAUCUGGCUUGUAUGAUGAUCAUAACCUUCUUGCCAUAUACAUUUUCCUUAAUGGCCUCCUUUCCAGGGGUACCUUUUGGCAUCUUCCUGUUCAGUGUUUGUGCUGUUGUCAUUGGCCUUAUACAGGCUGUGAUAGUAGCAUAUGGAUUCUAUCACCCACACUUACUGAAUCAACAGAUACAGGAAUCUGAAAAUCAGAAUUUCUAUAAACGUCAUAUCUUAAAGAUUAUCCUGAGAGGACCAAUUUUAUGCUUUUUAGCAGCCAUCUUUUCUUUUUUCUUUAUUCCUUUGUCUUAUGUACUUCUUGGACUUGUAAUCAUUUUUCCGCAUCUCAGUCGAUUAAUUACAUGGUGUAAAAACAAAAUUCUUGGUCAGAGAGGUGAAGAGGAGGAACCUCAUAGCUUAGAAACCUUCACUUUUUACCUCAGUGAGCCUCUGAGUAAGGAACGAGUAGAAGCAUUCAGUGAUGGAGUCUAUGCCAUUGUAGCAACCCUGCUCAUUUUGGAUAUAUGUGAAGACAAUGUUCCUGACCCCAGAGAAGUUGAGGAGAAGUUCCAUGGCAGUCUUCUUGAAGCUUUAAGUGAAUAUGGGCCAAACUACCUUGCUUACUUUGGCUCAUUUGUUACAAUUGGUCUCCUGUGGUUUGUCCAUCACUCUCUUUUCCUUUAUGUAACAAAAGCUACCCGGUUAAUGGGACUGCUCAACAUACUUUCAUUGGCUUUCAUUGGUGGGCUUCCGCUAGCUUACCAGCUGACCAGUGAAUUUGCAGAAAAGUCUCAUAAUGAAAUAGAAGCCAUUCAGGUCAGCUGUGUGAUCACUUUCUUUGCCAGCAUAUUUCAGUUUGCAAUAUGGACUACAGCCCUUCUCAAUGAAGAGGAAACUUUGCAUGCCUUUGCUAGAUAUGGUGGCAAGGAGCAUGCCUUCAUGUUUGCCAAGCUGGCUCUUUACCCUUGCGUAAGCUUGGGGGCCUUCUUUCUAACUUGCUUGUUAAGUGAAUUUAGCACUGCAAUUUUCCAUCUUAUGCAGAUUGUAAUCCCGUUUGCUUUUCUUGCCUUGCGCAUUUUUGUUAGAAUUUCUUUAACUGCCAUAAAGUCUGUGAUGUCUCUCUCCAGACGGAAGGUGGUAUUGUUAGAAGAGGAGGAGGCAUGUUUGUCUCCAAACGAAACACUGUCCUAAAUUUCUGCACAGUGCAUGUGAAGUUAAGAGAUCAGCUUCAGCUCCUCUGACUCGCAUUAUAUUCGUGUGUGGAUUAUAUUGAUGUAAACCAAAGCCUGUAUUGACCACAACUGGGGCAUAUUUAUGUUUAAGCUGGCCGUGCUCAAGACCCUGUCACCAAAAUCUGCUAUUGAAAAUAUUGGAUAAAGAGGGGAUGCAAAGAAAAACAUGUUCCCCUUCUUUUAGUAUUGCCCUAUAGAAAAAAAUGCUGCUUGACAUGUAACUGCAGCAAUGAUCAAUUAAGAAGUGCGCAGAUACCCAGGAAAAUGGCAGCCAAACACAGAAGUUGGUUGAGUUUCUAUGUAAGAGAAUAUGAGGCAUGGAAAACACAGAGACAUCUGGAUUUCUGGAUGGUACAUCAGAGGAGAACAUGUGUGCAUACAAGUUACUGAUUUUUUUUUAUUAUUUUUUUCAAUGUUAAAAUUUUUAAUGGUUUUUUUCAAUGGUCUGUCCUGCGUAGUCACAAACAGGGGAUAGCAGUUGGAAAUCUAACUGUUUGAGUGGCUCUGUGUGAGUUUAGAUGGGAGUUGCAAUUGUGAUAGCAGUCUUCCAAACCAUCUGAACACAAGUUCUUUGGCCAUAUCUUUUCUUUUUUUAAAAGUGUGUAACAAAUGAGGAAUCAUCUGGCUUUGCAUCCAAGUUUCAACUAGCUUUGAUAUUUUCUGAGGGAAAAGAGCUCUGUGAUUAGAUGUAAGUUUUUUUCUGUUCUGCAGAAGCUUCUUGUCUGAAGUGUUUUAAUUUCUCAGGCUUUUUGUGUCUGUUUUUUGUCUGGCAAUGGAACAUUCUUCUGUUACUCAGAAGGCAUGGUGUCAUAUUCAAGGAGAGUAUGAGACUGCAAUGUGUGAGAGUUCCACAUCAGGUAAAGGAGUUAAGCUUUCUCCUGAGUUGUGGACAAGGGGUCCCACAGAUUUCUGAGUCUCAGGAAGACAGCAGAAGAAACUAACCCCUAGAAGUUCCUGUCCAUGAUAAUGUUGAAUUUUUUUUUUUUUUACACUUACAUGGAGCUGGAUAAGUAUUGUGCUUUUCAAAUCAUCUAAACUCUGGCUGCCUUAGAAGCCAUUACAUUUCCUUCUGGCAGAGUGAUUAAUUUGUAUCUUGAAUUAUCUUAGUGCCUGACAACUUUAAUGCCAUAAUUAAAGGCAUUUGGGGAAUUUUGUUGUUCAUCAUGAAAAAAAAAAGUGGCAAAAUAUGCCUGAAGAAAUUACAGGUAAAAAACAAAUAUCUCGUUUCAGUUGAGAUCAGUCUUGAAAGCACUUGUGCUUUUGUUUUGAAGCACCUUGAUGCCGAAUAUGUCAUUGUGAAUAUUACAUACUUCUCAUGAAGAGUAUGUUCAGCUAUUCAAGGGGAUUUAUACCUAGUCGUGGUUAAAUUACUUCCAUUGUGUUGUGUAUAGCAGUUUUUCUGAUACUUAAUAUAAGCACUUUUGGUUCUGUAUGGUUUUGUUUCUAAUGUGCAGCAGACACAUAGUAGUGAAUAUGUGUAUUUGUAAUAAAUUGCAAUCAGUGAAGAAACAAAACUUCAAGCCAUUUAUUUCUUCUCUGUAGGUGAACUUUAAGGCCAAUGUCUGUAAUUAAAAUUAAGUUAGGUGGGUUUUUCCUACAAGGUCACCAAGGUCCCUUCCAACCUCAGCAGUUUUGUGACUUUUUUUAACAAAAUACCAAAAUGUUUUUAAUGUGAUGUAAAGAAAUGUUGAUUCUACUUUUCAUGGUAGCUGAAGAGAAUGAAACCCAAAAACUAGCCAAGGAGUUUCAUUCAGUGUCUAUAAGGAUGCUUUGUAUAAAGCCAUGUAUAAAUAUUACAAGGCACUGUACUCGCUCAAUAAUGCUUUUUUGUGUGUGUGUGUGUGUGUAUGCAUCAUUUUGGUUGGUUUGGUUUUUCUGGGUUGGUUUGUUUCUGAUUUUUUUGUUUACCCCACUUACAAAUAAGUAAUUUGUUCUGCAGUUCUGCAGAAAGAACAGUUUUAUUUUUGCUUGCAGUCAAAAUAGCAUUAUUCAACCCAAAUUUGGUAAUAUGUCAGAACCUAAACCUAAGGACAAACAUGAUAUGAGGCUUUAUAUAAAGAGAGGUCAUUUAGCAUCAUUUCAGGUUCUUUAGAAACAAACUUCAUCCAUUUGAAUUCUGUCAUUCUCAAGUAGGAGAUCAUUCCCAAAUAUAACUGUAACUAGUUGUUCUUGAUAGCAUUGCUAAUGACCACAGGGUUUUGUAUCUCUGAAAAUUAAACUGAAAUGCAGUAAUUACAAUCCCAGAACCACAGAACCGAUGUCAUUGAAAGGGGCCUCUGAAGACCAUCUAGUCCAACCCUCCAGUUUGAAGCAGGGUUGGCCAGAUGGGUUGGUUGCAGAGGUCUUUGUCCAGUCGGACUGAGCAUCUGCACAGAGACACCACAACCAUUUAAUGACAGAAUCAUUAAGGUUGUAAGAGACCUUAAGAUCAUCCAGUGCAGCUGUUCACCCAGCAGUGCCACUGUAACCCCGAGACCACUAGACCACAUCACCUGCACCCGAUCCUCAUGCCUGUUGCACACCUCCAGGGAUGGUGACUGCACCACCUCCCUGGCCAACCUACACCAAUACCUGACUACCCUGACAAUGAUAAAUAUUUCGAGUAUAUGUUUUCAAAGUGCUCAACGGGUUAAAAUGUACAAUUACCCCUAUGAGUUAAAAAAAUAAUUAAAAAUUAAAAAAAUAAAAGAAUGGUUAUCUUUUGUUCCAUUUAAAAGGAAUUUCCUGCCGUUCAGUCUGUG